AUGGAACCAUCUAAAAAUUUCUUGCUCCUCAUCGGGAUCUACUGCGUAACCCUCGUAAGAGAGGUACAUUCAGAGUGCUGCUCCUCUUAUGCGGAAAUCAAUUUUAGAAUGGAAAACGGAAGCUGCGAUAUGGUAGGUGGCACUGGAGACUCCAUCUGCGACGUGUCGAUUUGUGCAGAUGGGAUGGCCAAAACGAGCGCCUUUUGUGGACAGGGUGCUUGCAACAUCUUCGGUUGCAACUGUGACGGCGGCUGUCGCACCGGCGACUGGAGCAGGAGCUUCAAGCAAAGGAAUAAGAACUACGGAAUCGAUGUUUUAACAGUAUCCUGGACCCCAUUUCCAAUGUAG